AAUAAAGCGAUUUAAUUAUUUUGGAGUAUAAAACUAUAAAUUAUCACUUCCUUUCUCUUUUUCGGUUUGCUAACCUUUUGUUUCCUCUCUCUCCUCUCACUGUUUCUCUCCGUUUUUUUUCCUCGUCGGAAAACCUUUUCCGUUCGCCGGGAAACCGCUUUUCAUUUUUUUCGUCCUUUUUCCUCGCCGUUGUAGGAAGCUCGUCACGGUUUUCCGAUUGAAACGCUUGCAUUCACUCUCAAUUUCCCGUGGUUGCUCCUACCAGGCGUUGGAUCUCUUCGUCACGCGGUAUAAGCCUCGUAUACGGCGUUGUUCGGGAAUGUGGCGAGCCUUGUUGUCUUAUAAGGCUAGCUUUUAAUCUGCAACAUUCAGGAUCGUGAUUUAGGGUUUGCUUCUUUGAUUUCGUUUCGGUUUGGUUAUUCUUUUUGUUUGUGAUUUCUCUUUCUAACGAAGACGGAUACCUACCGGGAGCGACUUCGUAAUGAAAUGGUAGAAGGAGGAAGAAUGCGAUUAUCCGAGGAAGCUAGAAAUGGGUUAGAAUUUUUGAAACGUAAGAGGCUUCAGCGUGCACAAGCCGCCGCUGCCUCUCAGACUAAUGUUGCUAACAUGAUGAAUAGAAGUGGAGGAGAUGCUUUGAGAGCUUCAGCUUCAUGUGGCACAAGAUUGCACAGUGAUCCGGAUGUGUUUUUCAAAAGGAAGGUGGAUAAGUUUGAUACAAGUGAUUUGGAAUGGACUGAGAAUAUUCCAGAGUGUCCUGUGUAUUCUCCGACAAAGGAGGAAUUUGAAGAUCCUUUGAUUUACUUGCAGAAGAUAGCUCCAGAAGCUUCUAAAUAUGGUAUAUGCAAGAUUGUUUCACCUUUGAGUGCUUCUGUACCUGCUGGGGUUGUUUUAAUGAAAGAGAAAGCAGGAUUUAAGUUUACAACUAGAGUACAGCCUCUUCGCCUUGCUGAGUGGGACACUGAAGACAAAGUCACCUUUUUUAUGAGUGGAAGAAAUUAUACAUUCCGCGAUUAUGAGAAAAUGGCAAACAAGGUUUUCGCACGAAGAUAUUGCAGCUCUGGAUGUCUUCCAGCCACUUACUUGGAAAAGGAGUUUUGGCAUGAAAUUGGUUGUGGGAAAAUGGACACUGUUGAAUAUGCAUGUGAUGUUGAUGGUAGUGCAUUUUCAUCUUCUCCUACUGAUCAGCUUGGGAAUAGCAAAUGGAAUUUAAAGAAUCUUUCCCGUUUGCCCAAAUCAACUUUGCGUCUCUUGGAAACUUCAAUUCCGGGAGUAACAGAACCUAUGCUAUACAUUGGAAUGCUGUUUAGUAUGUUUGCGUGGCACGUGGAGGAUCAUUAUUUGUACAGCAUUAAUUACCAGCAUUGUGGUGCAUCAAAAACAUGGUAUGGUAUCCCUGGUCAUGCAGCUUUGGAAUUUGAAAGGGUGGUGAGAGAACAUGUGUAUACUACUGAUAUUUUGUCAAGUGACGGGGAAGAUGGAGCCUUUGAUGUUCUCCUGGGGAAAACAACUUUAUUUCCGCCUAAUAUUUUGUUGGAACAUAAAGUCCCUGUCUAUAAAGCUGUUCAAAAGCCAGGAGAGUUUGUCAUAACCUUCCCUAGAGCAUAUCAUGCAGGCUUCAGUCAUGGUUUCAACUGUGGAGAAGCAGUGAAUUUUGCUCUUGAUGAUUGGUUUCCUCUUGGGGCUAUUGCGAGCCGGCGAUAUGCACUUCUUAACAGGGUUCCUUUACUGCCCCAUGAAGAACUUCUUUGCAAAGAAGCAAUGCUUAUUCAUUCAAGCGUGGAACUUGAAGAUUCGGACUUUCCUUCCCCAGACUUGUUAGCGCCUAAUAAAACAAAGAUAUCUUUCAUUAAUUUGUUGCGUUUCCAGCACUGUGCCAGUUGGUUACUUAUGAAAUCAAGGGCAUGUACUAGUGUUUCUUCACAUUCGCACGGCACAAUUCUCUGUAGCCUGUGCAAACGUGACUGUUACAUUGCUUAUGUUGGCUGCAGCUGUCACAUGCACCCUGUAUGCCUACGUCAUGAGGUUAAAUCUCUUGACUUCAGCUGUGGGAAGAAGCACACUCUAUAUUUGAGAGAGGAUAUUGGGGACAUGGAAGCUGCAGCCAAGAUGUUUGAGCAGGAAGAUGGGAUAUUGGAUGAGAUAGGCAAGCAAUCCAAAAGCGAACAAAAUAUGUAUUCAUAUCCUUUGUCAGAUAUGUUUCAGAGAGCUGAAACAAGUGGAUAUGAACCAUAUUGUGAGCUUAAAUUUGAUUCUAUGAUGGAGUUUUAUACAGCUCCAGAACUGUCAACAAAUAAUCAAGAGUGUGGCACACAAAGUCAAUUUGUAUCAGGACAUUACUCAGAAAACCAUAAACCAGAAGUGUCUGAGGUUUCCUUUUCUGCUGCAUCCACUCUUUGUUCUCUUUCAGAACAUCUUGAGUGUUCCUCUGCUAAUAAAGAUGCCGAGGUGCAGACUAAUUUGAAAGUGGGCAUUAUUGAUUGCAAAGAACUUGGUGAAACAAUAUCCAACAAUGCAUGCGGAUCUUCACUAUUCCCUUCUCGGUAUCAUGAAAGUUCGGUUAAAGUGCAUGAUCUUCAGAAAGCCGAUGUGAAGCCUAUAGUGGAUAAUGACAGUGAUGAUUCUGAUUCAGGAAUAUUUAGGGCAAAGCGCCCCGCUUCUCUAAAGGCCGAGAAAAGAAAUUUGAAGGUUGUGGCAGUGAAACAUUCUGAGCAGCAGGGACUUAAACGAUUGAAGAAAGUCCUUCCUGAAGGAAAAAGCAACAGGCAACAGAUGAAUGUCAGAACCAGUGAAUCAAGUUAUAAAUAUAACCCAGUUAGUCACAAAGUUGAUAUUGGAAUUUCCUUUAAGGACAGAUUUGCAAGGGGAAAUGACACUCCCAUUCCUGUAAGAUAUAAAAAGUCAGGCAAUGAGGAAGUAAGUAUGAACAUGCAACAAAAUCACCACAGGAGAGAGAGGUUUCAGCAAACUUAUAGAGAAGCGCCAUCCAUUGAGAUUGGGUCUAAGCGACUUAAAGUCCGAGGCCCUUCAUUUUUGGGCUUAGAGAGCAGGUUGAAUUGAAGUUUCAAGUUGCCUUUUGAAAUAGAUUGCGAGAGUCUGACAUUGCUAACUUCAUUUUAGCUAAAUGGCUUUCUAACAAUACAGAAAAUCCAAAUGAUUGAUUCUGGAAGCAGCUGCAAUGUAUUUAACCAAUUAGGAUAAGAAUUUACAUUCUUUGUGCAGACAAGCCCUAACAUUUGGGCCAUUUGCACUGGUGGUGAUCCUUUGGGUUCUCUGGCCGGGGUGUUUUUCCUACUUCGCUGGGUGAACCUGACCGACCUGCAAAACUAGGAAGUUAGAAAUUGGCUUAGUGGUUCGAUAUUUCAAUGUAAAUUUGUUUACUUUCUGAUCAAUUGUUUAGUUCUUUGUUAGCAACAUGGAUCUCCCCAUUGUUUUCUUGUUAAAAUGCUGUCAGCUGCUUCCUCUUUUGAUGUUAAUUCAUUCUUUUUGUAGAAAUAGGUCCUUGUACCUAUAACUACCUCAAUAAAAUUCAAAUUAGUUCUUUAUUUUUUCUCAA